AUACGGCACGUCACCGCACCGCACCGUACAGGACUGACACCGCAUUGCAAAUUACGCUAAAUUAUACUAAGGAGAUAAAAUACCGGAAAAUGGUAUUCCCCACCUUAAGCUUUAAUGCCGAGUAAUCCUGUUUUCCUUCCUAUAUUUUUACGUCAGAAAUUCUUAACAAAGGUGCGAAUGCCAAUACCCAAGCUUUUUCAUAACGCUCGGCUCACGGCGCUUGGCAGGCUUGCGGUGCGUUGCGUACUGGUAUCAUAUUGAAUGGUACUGUACUGUACUCGUACCUUACCGUAAACUCACCGUUCGAUCAUGCCAUGCUGUCCACUGUUAUGGGUUCCACGAAAUUCUCCGGUGAAUUCUUCUCUUUAAAGGGGUCCUUUGACCUGCUGGGAAAGAAGCAGGACAGAGGGCGAAGCACCAAGGUGGAGAGGCCCAUCGAGCCGGGUCUUUCCUGUUUCAUUUUUCAUGGACUUCUUUUUCUGUACUGCUGCUUCUCACGAUGGGGUUGGGGAAGGGACUUUCUACCUGAGAUACAGGUAUGCCAGAACCCCACUAAGGGGCACCGGACCGGGAAAGGGUCUAACAACACUGU